AUGUUCUUCUCACUCACCACUCAUCUUGCUUUCUCUCCUUUUAAUGCCCCUUGCCCAUCUUGUUUUCUCUCCCUUCACUACCUUUCUUUUCUUUCUUUUCUUUUAUUUGUUCUCUCUCUCUACCCAUCUUCCCUUUUCUCUUCAAUGUUCUUCUCUCAUCUUUUUUCUCUCCUUUUACUGCCCCUUGCCCAUCUUGUUUUCUCUCCCUUCACUACCUUUCUUUCUUUCUUUCUUUCUUUCUUUCUUACUUUCCCUUGCUCUCUCUCUCUCUCUAUCUACCAUCUUCCUUUCUCUCUCUUCAAUGUUCCUCUCACUCACCACUCAUCUUGCUUUCUCUCUUUUUACUGCCUCUUGCCCAUCUUGUUUUCUCUCCCCUCACUGCUCAUCUUUCUUUCUCACAUUUGCUGUCUCUAUCACUCUACCCAACUUCCUUCCUUUCUCCCCACUGUCCAUCUCUCUUUCCUCUCACAGCACACUUUUAUUUCUCUCCACAUGCUGUACUUGCUUCUGUCAUUCUUCCUUUCUCUCCCCUUACUCUCCAUUUUUCUUCCUCUCUCCUUGCUGUUCCACUCCCUCUCUGCCCGUCUUGUUUUCUCUCCCUUCACUACCUAUCUUUCUUUCUUUCUUUCUUUCCCUUGCUCUCACUCACUCUCUCUCUCUAUCUAUCUACCCAUCUUUCUUUCUCUCUCAUUGUUGCCAGACUUCUUUUCUCUCCCCUCACUCUCCCUCUCCCUCACAGAACAUUUUAAUUUCUCUCCACAUGCUGUUCCUCUCUUUCUCUGCCUAUCUUUAUUUCUUUCUCCUCAAUGCCCUCUCUCUUGCUGUCCAUCUUCCUUUCUCUCCUCUUGCUGUCUCUGUCCUUCUCUGUCUAUCUUUCUCCAUUUUAAUAGAGAGAUAACCACUUACUUUCAGAUAACAAUAAAUGACUAA